AAAAAGAGAUUGACUCUGACGAAUUUGGCAGCACGUUGUUAUAGUCGAAUGGCUACAGCUUUAAUAAUUGUUUGAUUGUUUUUGCUAUUUUCUGAUCGUCUUUCGAAAUGUCUUCUCCUCUGCAAACAUUAGAAGAGAAUUUAGAAACUUUUAUCGAGACUGUUAGACGUUUAGGAAUCACGGUUAGUGAUUUUCAACCUCAAGGACAGACACUCUUGAAUCAGAAAAUAAAUGAAAUAGUUAAUAUUAUGCAAGAAAUAGAUAAAUGCAAAUCACAAGUACAAGAUAUACAAGUACCAUUAGAAGUAUUUGAUUACAUUGAUCAAGGAAGAAAUCCACAGCUUUAUACAAAAGAUUGCAUGGAAAAGGCAUUAGCAAAAAACGAACAAGUAAAAGGGAAAAUUGAUUCUUAUAGGAGAUUCAAGGCUCUUCUCUUGGUCGAACUUAGUAAAGUCUUUCCGAACGAAAUGGCCAAAUACAGACAAAUACGAGGAGAUGAUCGGUCGACAUCGUGAAUUUUAUUACAACAUACAUUUGAAAACACGUUGUGUUGCAUUUUAAAUAUUUUAUUAUGUAUAUUGUCCAUGUUUUUGUAAAAUAUUUCUUUUGAUUAAA